AUGGACAAUAGAAAGUUUCUUCAAAGAGACAUUAACCAAUUUCUGUUCCUAUCUAUCUAUCUAUCAAUUUCAGUCUAUUCAUAUCUUUCUGUUUCUGUCUAUAUCUAUCUCUCUAUCUAUCUAUCCCAUUCUGUUCAUAUCUAUCUAUCUAUCUAUCUAUCUAUCUAUCUAUCUAAUUCUUUUUAUAUGUUUAUCUUUCUGUCCAUAACUCUCUAUUUAAGAAGUUCAUAUCUAUCUAUCUAUCUAUCUCUCUAUCUAUGUAUCCCAUUCUGUUCAUAUCUCUAUUCAUUCAUCUAUCUAUCUAUCUAUCUAUCUAUCUAUCUAUCAUCUGUCCCAUUCUCUAUCUAUCUAUCUCUAUCUAUCUAUCUAUCUAUCCCAUUCUGUUCUAUCUAUCUAUCUAUCUAUCUAUCAUCUAUCUAUCUAUCAUCUAUCCCAUUCUGUUCAUAUCUAUCUAUCUAUCUAUCUAUCCAUCUAUCAUCAGUAUCUAUCUAUCUAUUUAUCCCAUUCUGUUCAUAUCUAUCUAUCUAUCUAUUCAUUUCUUCAUCUAUCUAUCUAUUUAUCCCAUUCUGUUCAUAUAUAUAUAUAUUCAUUGUUCAUCUAUUCAUUCAUCUAUUAUAUAUCCAUUUAUCCCAUUCUGUUCAAAUCUAUAUAUCAUUUCAUUCUAUCCAUCUAUCAUAUCUAUCUAUCCCAUUCUGUUCAUAUAUAUCAUCUAUCUAUCUAUCUAUCUAUCUAUCUAUCAUCUAUCUAUAUAUCUAUCCCAUUCUGUUCAUAUCUAUCUAUCUAUCUAUUCAUCUAUCUAUCCAUCUAUCUAUCUAUCUAUCUAUCUAUCCCAUUUCUGUUCAUAUCUAUCUAUCUAUCUAUCCCAUUCAUCUAUUCAUUCAUCUAUCUCAAUGUUCAUAUCUAUCUAUCUAUUCUUUUAUAUUUCAUAUCUAUCUAUCUAUUCUUCAUUCAUCUAUCUAUCCCAUUCUAUCCAUUCAUUCAUUCUAUCUAUCUAUCUAUCUAUCUAUCUAUCCCAUUCUGUUCAUAUCUAUCUAUCUAUCUAUCUAUUCAUCUAUCUAUCCCAUUCUGUUCAUAUUCAUUCAUUCAUCUAUCCAUUCAUCUAUCUAUCUAUUCAUCUAUCCAUCCCAUUCUGUUCAUAUUCAUCUAUCUAUCUAUCUAUCUAUUCAUCUAUCAUCUAUCUAUCUAUCCCAUUCUGUUCAUAUCUAUAUAUCAUUCAUCUAUCAUCUAUCUAUUCAUCAAUUUAUCUAUCUAUUCAUCCCAUUCUGUUCAUAUCUAUCUAUCUAUCUAUCUAUCUAUCUAUCUAUCAUUUAUCCCAUUCUGUUCAUAUAUCUAUUCAUUCAUUCAUCUAUCAUUCAUUCAUCUAUCUCAUUCUAUCCCAUUCUGUUCAUAUCUAGAUUCAUCUAUUCUGUCUACAUUCAUUAUUCAUUCAAUUUAUAUAUCUAUUUCAAUUCUCUUGCUUUCGUUUCAGUCUAG